AUGGGUGGAGUUCACGGAGACGGACGGAGGCUGGGAAAGCGGCAGCGGGACCGGUCGGACGGCGAGGCUGGGACAGCGGCAGCGGAGACCGGUCGGACGACGACGACAGGUUGGACGGCGGUGGCAGCGACAAACCUAGGGAGCGAAAUUCUGACGGUUCUCUUUUGGAAGAUUGCAGCUGCCUUGCCCGGGGUGGAAAAUCUUUCUUCAGAAAAGCCGGAUGACAUGGUCAAGGAUAUACUUUUUGAACCAGUUCGGAAAGCUCAAGAUGCCACGCAUUUCUACAUGACCAGUGAGGGUAUGUGGUUGCCAUGUGGACCAAGAAAUCCAGGUGCGCAUUUCUACAUGACCAGUGAAGGUAAAAUAACAAUGUUGAGGUAUUUUAAGAAAAUACGAGAUGAACCUACUUCAAACAAGUCAUCUCCCCCUCCACCACCUCCUCCUCCUCCGCCUCCUCUACCAGCUCCUCUUGAUGCUGACUCAAAUGAGUAUCCUAGUGAUCCUGGGCUAAGAAAGCACAUUCUUGAGUAUAAUGUUAAUGAAAGGGAGAUUGUUCGACGUUACUAUUUGCAAAAAGAAUAUAGCAUUGCAAAAGAUGCGGCUUUUUGUCUUUAUUGCUAUUUAUUCAAAGCGGAUCAUGGUGGUCAAAGUGAUGGUGAUUCUUUUGUUACUGAGGGAUUUAAAAAUUGGAGAAAGAAAGAAAAAUUUAAUGAACAUGUUGGAAAUCAGAGCAGCAUUCACAACAGGUGCAUGAUGGCGGCUUAUGAUUUAAUGAAUCAAAAACAACAUAUUGAAACUUGUUUGGUCAAUCAGUCUAGUCAAGUAGCUAUCGAUUAUCGUGUUCGUUUGACAGCAUCAAUUGAUUGCAUAAGAUUUCUUGUGCGUCAAGGAUUAGCAUUUCGUGGUCAUGAUGAAUCAACAAACUCACUCAAUCAUGGUAAUUUUCUUGAAUUGUUAAGAUUUCUUGCUGACCAUAAUGAGGAUAUCAAUAGAGUUGCACUAGACAAUGCUCCCUCAAAUCUCAAAUUGACAUCGCCUGAUAUUCAGAAAGAUAUUAUCAGAUCCAUUGCUUAUUUAACCACUAAUUCUAUUCUUGGAGAUCUCGGUGAUGAAUUAUUUACUAUAUUGGUUGAUGAGGCUCGUGAUAUAUCUGUUAAAGAACAAAUGGCAGUUGCUUUACGAUUUGUAGAUGAAAGGGGAAAUAUUGUUGAGCGCUUUCUAGGCCUUGUACAUGUAAGCGACACUACUGCCUUAUCACUUAAAACUGCUAUUAAUUCUUUGUUGUGCCAACAUGGAUUAUCUAUAUCUAAUUUGCGGGGGCAAGGAUAUGAUGGAGCUAGCAAUAUGAGAGGAGAAUUCAAUGGCUUAAAAAGCUUAAUUAUGAUGGAGAACCCUUCUGCUUAUUAUGUUCAUUGUUUUGCUCAUCAACUGCAGCUUACACUUGUAGCUGUUGCUGAAAAUCAUAUAAGAAUUUCUACUUUUUUUGAUGUGGUUGCACAAUUGAACAAUAUUGUUGGAGCGUCAUGCAAGCGAAGAGAUAUACUUCGUGAGAAACAAUUUGAAAAGGUUAUUAAAGGAAUUUGCAAUGGUGAUAUCUUCACUGGACAAGAGGAGGGAAAAGAUCACAAGCAAAGGGCACAAGCAAAUAAUCUGUUGGAAUUGAUUGGAAAAUAUGAAUUUAUAUUUCAGAUGCACUUAAUGAAGAAUAUCUUGGGAGUCACGAAUGAUUUGUCGCAAGCUUUACAAAGAAAAGAUCAAGACAUUGUAAAUGCCAUGAUUCAUGAGUUGAACAAUCGCUUUAACGAGUGA